AUGAUGCGUUCAGCUUGUGGCUCUAAUGAUCAUCUGGAUUCAAUUCUUUUUAUUCAAAUGUUUAGGUUACUAAGCACAUAUUCAUUAGUAAAGCCUCCAAAGGGUUCCAAUGUUUCUGGUGGAGAUAUAAUAAAUACUCUUUUGAAUAUUAAAGAUAUAACCAACACUAAUGAACGAGCCCAAAGAAUAAACCAAGAACUAGAUGACAUUUUAGACAAAGGACAUUCCGAAAAAAUUGAAAUUGCACCAUAUAUUCAUGAUCAUGAAUAUAGUUUGACUGAUACAUCGAGUUUAGUUUUAUCUUACUUAGCUGGAUACGUUGCUCGAAAAUCAACCAGAUUCACAAAAUGUCAAAGGUGUCUUUUAAAUUUAAAAAAUGAAGUUAUUUCAUCUAGAGACAAACUCAUUGAUAUGCGCUCCAAAGGUUUUUUGAUUCGGCCAUCAGAUAGUCUUUUUGCUCUUAUUUCAACUUUAGAAAAAAUAACGUUAAAGACUUUAGUAUCUGAAAAAUUAAAUGUAAAUACAAUUUUUUCUAUAACUUCAAACUUAUGGACCGACACAGGCACACAGCAUCUUUACCAUUUGUUGGUUGUGAAGAACACAAUAUGGGUUUGA